AUGAUGAAGACUACUGCCAGCCUGCUGUUCCCUGUUGUCUUCAGCAGCUGGGUGUACGACUGGCCUUAUGGUCCUUCUGGUGAGUGUCGUUGCAUGGAAAUCGACAUCCAAUUGCCUAAGGGAUAUGAUACCGAAAACGAAUGUUUAUCGGGCUUCGCCAGUGAAGAGUACGAGUACUGUUCUUUCGAAGGGCGUGGUCUGAGUGAGCACCAGUGUGGUGACGCUGUGAGCCUUACAUCCGAAACCACAAACGCUGAUUGCGAACACGAGUGCAUUAAAGCAGUCGUCGGCUCCAGCACCAUCGGCGAUUUCGCGGCUCAAUGCAAGCUGGAGACAGUGGUCAACUUCGGCGAUCGCGUCACUACCUUGCCCAUUACCUGCUUUACUAACUACGUUCUUGGAUAUGCUGAUUUCAACCCGCAGAUCCCCGGUAGACUCGCCCCUUUGAAGGUCUUCGAGAACGUAGACACUGCUGCCCGCUGCCAGAGCCUUUGCCAAGAGGUCUCCGACUGCGCUUGGUUCCAGUGGAGAGCUGUCCCGGACUGCGGUCUUGCGGUCGCUGGCUACACUCCCUACCAGGCGGCUGUGCACACGUGUUCCCUCUACGACAUCGAUUACGUUAACGGUGUCUUGAACGCGGACCUGACUUCCAUCGCGCCCGACCGUAAUGCUUGUGACAUCGAGCAGUUUGAGGACAAGUGCAGUGAUCUAUUCAAUGUUGAAUAUUGGAACCCCUUCGCCCCCAUGCAGUGCCUCAGUUGCGAUUGCGAACAGAAAUGCGCCUUCAAGACUCACUCUCACGUGUCUGGACCCGCCUUCUGUGACGCGGACGUGCCUACUGAACUUUGUGAAAUCAAGCCUCCCACUCCUCACACCACUGAGGAAGUCACCUGCCCGACCACCCAAGAAUGCGGGACCACCCCUCAACAGACGGAAGCGACCACCACUCAGCAGGUCACUACUGCGCAGGACACCACGGACUACAAGACCAUCCCAACUCGUCCUCCCACGCAGCCUACUGAGACCAGACCUCCCACUCAGCCCUCUACUCAGACCCCCCCUCGGACCAGACCUCCCACCCAGCCCACUUACGAGUCCUCCAGCCGCACUAGGCCCGCCACCCAGCCUACCUUCACCACUGUGCCUAAGAACGCCCGCAUGGUUCCCUUUGAAGCCCUCGAGAACACCGAACUCGAUCAAGCGACUUCUACUGUUGCUGCUACCGAGGAAGACACCACUACUCAGCUCGAGACCACGACCGUUGAGACGACUACAGGACUUGAAACCACUACCACUGUCACUGAAACCACUACCACUGACCUAAUCACAUCAACUCAAGACCAUACUACCGAUGGCGCUGGCAACUGCGUCUGCACUCCUGGUCAGGAGUGUAACUGUGCUGACAAGAUUUGA